AUGGCCAAGCCGAGCCUCCGACCCUCGUGUCUGGAAGAUUUUGAGCAAGCAGUGGCUCGACAGAGAGAUCUCGUGAGGCACAUCUAUCUCAAUGUAGAUCUGACCGAAUACGAGUGUUCGUCCUGUGAGAAUGUGUAUGAUAUCAACAUACCCAGGGAAAAUAACCGUCUUAUGGAUAAUGCGGUCUCUAAGCUUUUGAUGAUUCUCAGCACUUGGAACACGACACUCCCUUUGACCUUGGAACUCAACGCAUCGUCUGCUAGUGACUCGAAGCACUGGUUUAAGAACUUUCGUUUUAAUGACGAGCACGAUGCUCCUUAUGCCCAAGACCCAGUCAUCCCUAUGGAAGCAACGCAUAGUGACUGGCACGACCCUAAACACGGUUGGGAGAAUGGUGUCCAGACAAAACUUCCACCUUCUACCGCAAAUGAGCGGCUGUUCGGGCCUAUCGACAUGCAGUAUUUUCCCAAUUCCAACUGGCGACGAAUUCCCGAGGCCAGCGCAGUCACCCGUUUCAUGAUCCAUCGGCAAUUCCGUCAUUAUUUUGAGCUUUGGGAACUCGAAUAUAUUCUGUCUAGAUUCAGCCGCCUGACGGAUUUCAUCUACGAACCAUGGCCUUUUGAAUAUACAAGUAUCUAUCUGGAUCCAUGGGAGAGGGCUUUGAUUUCCACAGGCAUGCCAGAGACUCUCAAAAGACUGAUUAUAUUUCAGGAUUCCAAACAAUACCUCACAGAGCGCGCCCUUCAAGAUAGAAAUUACGUCAGCAUUUCUCCGGAAUAUAUGUCGGAGUUCGAUUUCGUCGACAUCACCAAGAGCACAGCUCAGACAAGUCUGACCCUCGAUGAACUCUCUGUCUCAUUCUAUGUCGAUGCUAUGAACUUCUUCGAGGCAUGCGAGGAAGAAUGGACAUGGGAUCACUUGAAAUCUCUCUCCCUGGCAUCAAGUCUUCUCUUUCGGAGUAUAAAGGGACAGGACCAGCGCAUUGAUAGCCUUCUUAUCACCGCAGCAAAGUUCUUACUGCGAAUGCCGAACCUAACCACCAUGGUCCUCUGGAAUGGAGGGACAGGGGAGGCUUGUGGAUUCAUCUACACCAGGACAAAGCACUACGCCCAUAUCACCUGGCGAGGAACCUGA